AUGUCGUUCACAAGAAAUGCAGAAAUAGCCCAAUUCGGCGGCAAAUUGUUCAAAUUGUCACACGACCUGUCCACAACCAACACUAAAAUGGACGUAAAUGUAUUUGUUCCUACAACUUCUGGCAAAGUUCCGGUAUUGCUCUACUUAUCAGGCUUAACUUGCACUCCCAAUAAUGCCAGUGAAAAAUCGUUUUUACAAUUUUUUGCCGCCAAAUACGGCUUUGCAAUUGUGUUCCCCGACACCUCGCCUCGUGGUGCUAAAAUUGAAGGAGAGGAUGAAUCUUGGGACACUUUGGAACUGGGGCAGGUUUCUAUGUCGAUGCUACCGAGGAACCAUGGCCUGAAAAAUUACAAAAUGUAUAGCUAUGUUCACAAAGAACUCCAGGAAAAGUUGGCAGAGGAGUUCCCCAAGCUUGAUUUUGAAACAAUUUCCAUCGCAGGACACUCAAUGGGUGGGUUUGGUGCAUUAUCAGGCUUCUUUACCAACCCUGGAAAAUACAAGUCUGUCUCAGCUUGGGCUCCAAUUGCAAACCCGCUGACUUGUCCAUGGGGUAAGAAAGCCUUUGGCAACUACUUGGGCUCUAACGAGGAAUUGUGGCACAAGUACGAUCCCACUCAUUUAAUUGGUACUUACCAGCAUGAACAUCAACCGGAUAUCUUGAUCCAUCAGGGUGCAGCCGACGGAUUUUACUAUAAAGACCAUCAAUUGCAACCGGAAAAGUUUGUGGAAGCAGCAGAAGCAUCCAAUUACAAAGGUAAAGUCGAUUUGAAUGUGGUGGAUGGAUACGACCACUCAUACUUUUUCAUCAGUUCGUUUGCCGAAGCUCAUGCCAAGCACCACGCAAAACAUUUGGGGCUCUCUAGUUCGUUGUAG